AUGAAGAGCUUCACACAGCUUCUCCCACUCUUCGCCUCCCUGGCCCUGGCCUCACCCAUCGACCUGACCAAGUCGGGGCUGCACAAGCUGUUUGUUCGUCAGGACAUCCAGACACCUGUCAAUGUAUCACUACCAAAUAUCACAAUCUUCGCAACAGGAGGCACUAUAGCCUCACAAGGCUCUAGCAAUACUCAGACUACUGGCUACUCAGUCGGCCUCGGUGUCCAGCAAUUAGUCGACGCGGUCCCUGAGCUUCUUAACAUCUCCAACAUCGCCGGCUACCAAACCUCCAAUGUCGGAUCUGGCAGCAUCAAUGAGACCAUCAGCCUGAAGUUGGCACACAUGAUUAAUGAAGAGUUGGCAAAGCCCGAGAUCUCCGGUGUUGUGAUCACCCACGGCACAGACACACUUGAAGAGACGGCUUUCUUUCUCGAAUCAACCGUCAACUCGGCCAAGCCCGUUGUAUGCGUCGGUGCCAUGCGGCCAGCAACUGCCCUGUCCGCCGAUGGACCCCUCAACUUGUACCAAGCCGUCGUCUUAGCCGGCUCACCCGCUGGCCGUGACCGCGGCACCAUGAUCGUACUCAACGACCGGAUCGGCUCAGCCUUCUACACCACGAAGAACAACGCCAAUAGCCUCGACACUUUCUUCAGCACUGAAUCCGGCCAGCUUGGCACCUUCGUCAACCAGGUUCCGUACUUCUUCUUUGCGCCCUCCGAGCCAGUGGGCCGCGUCGUCUUCGACGUAUCCAACGUCACCGACCUCGCUCAAGUCGACAUCCUGUACGCGCACCAGGACAUGGAUCCCGCGCUCUUCAACGCAUCCGUCGCCGCUGGUGCCGAGGGCAUUGUCUACGCGGGUGUAGGUGCGGGUGGUAUGUCAAGCAAGGCCAACUUUGCGGCCGAGGAACUUUACAACGCAACCAGCAUCCCGAUUGUUGCUUCGCACAGGAGCACAGAUGGCAUGUGGCUUCUACAACCCGCAAAAGGCAAGGAUCUUGUUGCAGUUAGGGAUCACGGUGGGAUGGAGCAAUGA